AGGCGUUUUAAAGACAGACGGGAUGGUCAUACAUUUAAGCUAACUAGCAGAGUUGACGCGAUUAACCGACUGGAUUAUUAAUUUAAAAAAUGGGAAUAGCCGACGAGGCUGACAGGACUCUGUUUGUUGGGAACUUGGACCCACAAGUCACAGAAGAAGUUAUAUUCGAGCUGUUUUUACAGGCUGGGCCAUUGAUCAAGGUUAAAAUCCCUAAAGACAAUGAAGGAAAGUCGAAACUGUUUGCGUUUGUGAACUUCAAGCAUGAAGUGUCAGUGCCCUAUGCCUUGAACUUGCUGAAUGGAAUUCGUCUGCAUGGACGACAACUCAACAUAAAGUUCAAAACAGGCAGCAGUCAUAUUAAUCAGGAAGGCAAGAGUCCAGCAAACUCUCAAAACCCCAGUCCAGCAAAUACACCGGGUCACCGCGGUGGAAGAACCCCAGAGCAGAUGGGCUCUCCGUCAUACUCCCCUCCACAGCACAUGCAGAGGUCUUUCUCUUCACCAGACACACUGCAGAGACAGGCCAUGAUGAACAACAUGUGGCAGGUUCAGAUGCAGCAGUUGCAAAUGCUCAACGGAGCCUUCCAGCAGGGCGUGCAGCAGCUGCGGGGGAAUGCAGACGGAGGCUGGUCUGGGCACCGCGGGCAGCGCCACUCGCCCCAAGACAACAACAACCAUCAAGGCAGAGAUCAGCGGCACGGGAACGGAGCAAACAACUAUGAGCGGAAUCGGCGAGAUGGGCAGCAGGGCGAUUUCUACCACCAUGAUGACCGAAGUGGAGGACAUAACAGAAACUACCCACCCGACAGACGGAGAGACUCCAGAGAGGGGCGAUGGAAACACUUUUAAACUCGAGUUGCAUUUUAGUUUAGUUUUUUAAUUGACCGUUUUUAUAAUCUUUUGUUACCCUUUUUAAUUUUUAGGUAUCCUAUUUUGGUGGACUGCGUCUUACUGUUUUUUUUAAAACAAAAAAUUAGCCAUGCGGCUGUUUAGGGGGAAAAAAUACAUAGGCGAUUUUUGAAAAGACGCAAGAAAAAAAAGGAGUAAGCAAUUGGCCUUUUUGUGUGCAGGCCUGUUUUUAAAAUCUAUAUUUCAGUCUCAGAUGGAUGCCUGUUUAUAUUAUUUUAUUAUUAAGAAUGUCCUUUUCAGGAAAAAAAAAAAAACAUUUCUGUGUAACCUCAAAAUUGAUGUGCUAUGGUGGAAUUUGUGUUUUCAACAUUUGUAAUUUCUCAGGAUUUCUCAUUCUGAUUAAUAGAAAGAAAAAAAAAGUUUUCAAAUGCUUUGGGUUUUUUAAAAAACAUUGUUUUUUUUAAUUAUUAUUUUUCUAAAUGUACUCUAGGAAUGAGACUAUAGGACAGUGUUGACUCUUAAGCAUUCAAGACAGUCUGUGACAUCUGAGCAAUUCCUUGUUUUAAUACUUUUGUAAAUACACCAUUUUUAAUGUCCAGUGGCAAGUUUGGUUCUUCAUUUUCUUGUCAUUGAGUACGUUUACAUGGACACCAAUGAUUAGAUUUUAAUACGAUUAAAACAGUACUCUGAUUAAGAGUCGACCAUAUCAACUGAGAUUUGGAUAAAUGUAGUCUGAUUAAGGUCAUAAUCAAAGUAAACGGUAAUCGGAUUAAGACAUCUGGAGUAUGCCAAUAUUAGUCGCAUUAUAGAAGUGCAGUACGGACAUGUAAACACCGCAAUCAAACUAUCACCAUCGUGUAGGAUUUUUGGCACAUUUUGCGACAGGAUAUUCCAGCCUGAUCUCACGAGAAAACGUAAGUAUUUUACGUUUUGUCAGUUUAGUGGCUAAUUCGUACGAAAUUGUACGAUUUUAAAAAGGAGGCGUGGCUCCAAACCCCACCCCUAACCCAACCGUCAUUGGGGGAUGAGCAAAUCGUACUAAACUGUACGAAUUAGAUCGUACGAAUUCAUACGAAUUAGCCACUAAAUCAAAAAGUUACGAAUUGCCGUGAGAUUGUGUUGGAUAUUACAUUCACACACUGCUGUUUGACACUAUUCUCUGCACCUACCGAGUCAGUGAACGACCACAGUGCCCCAGCUUCGUGAAAUGCAGAGGUUUUUUGCCGAUAUGGCAUGCGGUAUGAAAACAACACUCCUCCAGCAGUUCAUACUCGCAUCAAAUAUCUCAUUUGUCACGGGGGCAUGAAUGAAAUGUUCCUGAAUGAAAGUAAAAAGUGCCAAACUGCAGUUAAAAUUGACAAAUUAAAAAAAGAAACGCCUGAAAUUACAUGAAACUCCGUAGGAAAGCGCGGUGAUACAAUGACGUUAAUCGAAUUAUGUGUUAUAACAUGUAAAAUGGGAUCAUGAACGGAACAUUCAAAAAGCAACUCAUGUAAACACCUUCAUCUUAUUGUCUUAUUCAGAUUAAGACAUAGUUCGAUUGCUGAUGUCCAUGUAAAUGUAGUCAGUGACUGGUAUAUUUCUGUUGUGAAUGAAUGUUGUUGUGAACGUUGAAUAUAAUGUUCGUGUGGAUGUAAAGAGCACACGUUACACUACAUAUAAAAACACUUAUGUUGAUAGUGUUCUACCACUUUGAGGGAUGUAAACAAAGACAAUGGUCCCAACGUAAUUCCUGUUUUACAUUUUUUAAUUUCUAUAGCUUCCGAGUUACCAAAACAGAGCCACAUAUUGAUAUAUAAUGCUGUUUUAACAUUAAGAUAUGAUUGAAUUGCCUCUUGUUACAGUUAUGAAAUAGUUUAAUAACAAGCAGGAAAUGUACACGGGCCAAUGAUGUGACAACAUUGAAAUGGUCUACACUACAGUAAAUAAAUGUAACUGCAGUGCUCGUUGAAUCAUAAAAUUAGGGUCCUCAUAAUAAAUAGCUCACACAGGUAAUUCAGUGAUCUGUAGGUGGCGCUGUAAUUCAUUCUGGUGGAGUCUUGCAAACAGUGCAUCCAGAAAGUAUUCAUAGUGCUUCACAUUUUCCACAUUUUUUUAUGUUACAGCCUUACUCCAAAAUGGAUUAAACUCAUUUCUUUAUUAAAGGGACUAAGCUGAAAAGAAAAUGAAUGAGUUCAUAAAGCAGAUGAAAUAAAAAGUCUUGUUUCUUG